AUGGAUUCACGGCCGCACGAGCGAUGCACUGCACCUGGAUGCCCAACUGCCCGAGGUUUCUCCCGCGACGCUGGCUCACCUUUGCGUGGCCCUGACGCAGGCGAUCCGCGACCUGGAAGCCUGCCCGCAAGCCGAUCUGUCCGCCCGCCUGACGCUGGAGGACGCCGCGCAGGGCCGCGUGGCGACCGCCCUGCUGGUGUUCGCCUUCGCGCUGUGGCUGAUGCUGUCCUGGUACACCAGCCGCCUGCUGCUGGACCGCCGCUUCAAGCCCGACACCCUCGGCGAAUGCACGCACCCGCGCUUUGCCGAGCAACUGCGCCGCUGGCUGCCGCGCAGCCUGGUGCUCGGCGGUGGCCUGCCGAUCGCCGCCUUCUUCCUGAUGCAGAACCGCGAACGGCUCAUCGGCGUGGGUCUGCUGCUGGUGACGGCCGGGCUGUACCUGUUCGUCUGCCAGCGCCGCCAGUGGUUGCUGAAGCUGGGCGACCAGUCCUGGCUCGCCCGCGUGCUGUGCCUGGACGUGCGGCGCGACGCGAUCGCCGCCAUGGCCCGCGAGGACCGCAUGAGCACGCCGUCGCGCACGCUCGUGAUCGUCGUGCUGCUGCUGCAGUGGGCGCUGUUCGGGGCACUGCUCGCCUGGCCCGAGGCCACCGCCCGCGCCUUCGGCUCGCCCGCGCUCGUGCUGCUGGCCAUGGGCAGCUGGACGGUGUUCGGCGGCAUCCUGCUGACCUACGCCGCCAAGGCGCUGAUCCGCAUCCCGCUGACGGUGCUGCCAUUGCUGCUGUUCCUCGCCUUCUCAUCCUGCAACGACAACCACCGUGUGGCCGACCCGGAGCGCAGCGCGCCGUCGCCGAUCGCACCGCGCCAGCCGACGGAUGCCUGGUUGCAGACCUGGCUGCGCACCGCGGCCGAUGCCGCCACCUGCACGCCAUGGAACCUCGUGCGCGACUUCACCGGCCGCGACCACCUCGCCACGCCGGUCGGCUACAUGCUCUACCCGGACCUGGCGCAGCGCUUCGUGCCGAUCCCGUUCACCGGGGCGGACCGCUCCCUCGCGCUGGAGCAGGUCUGGACGCGCGACUGGCCCCGCGCGCUUGCCAGCCAUUGCCCGCCGGGCGCCAAGCCGCUGCCCAACCCCUGGAGCCAGCCGCUGACCGUGCUGCGCACGCGUGCCAACGAUGCGCAAUGGCUGCCGCUGCUGGCGCUGAACACGUCGGCGCUGUCGCGCGGUCAGCGUGUCUACCAGACGGACUUCCUCAUGCCCGCGGCGGACGGCAUCGACCUGUUCGACCCGGCGAUCGGCCUGGAAGUGGAACGGCUCACGCUCGCGCAGGCGGUGCACAACAGCGCCCGCUUCCCCUACAUCAGCCCGUCGGGCGCCGUGCUGUUCCAGGAGCCGCACCGCAACCCGGAGACCGGCGACGUCGGCCUGAUGUGGGACCGUCUGGGCGAUGGCGGCUAUGUGGAGUCGAGCGCCACGCUGGCGCUGUCGGACCUGCUGCGCGAUCUGGAAGCCGGCGGCAAGCUCAAGGCUUGCAAGCCCGAGGACGACUGUGCCCGCCAGGGCAUCCUGGACCGCUCGCGGCUGCGGCUGGUGCUGCUGGUCAAUUCGCCUUCGCGAGCAACGAGGCCCGCGCGCGGGACUCGGCGGUGGACCUGAUCAAGCGCAUCGGCGGCUGCGGCCAGGUCGCCGAGCUGCGCCUGCCCGCGGUGCCGGGUCAACGGCCGCCGUCGAUGAACUGGAUGCUCAACGCCGCCUCGCGAGAGCAGAUCGACGCCUUCCUCCAGGAAAAGCAUGCCGCCACCGACCCGGCCGCCGCACCGGCGCAGACCCAGCUCGGGCUGCACCUGCGUCAGGCCAAGGCCUGGCUGCUGCAGAUGAAAUGA